GCUCGGGGCAGCUCGGUUCAGAUCCAGUGCUCUUCAUUGAGAAAAAUCCACAGCCGAGUUUUAUUCGAGGAGCUGCAGGGGAUGUAGGGGAGGAAAUCUGCGUCGUUUUUCACACCGCCAAGACACUUCACUUAUCAAGGUGAAGACUCCUGCAACAUGGACGGCUUUUAUGACCAGCAGGUCCCUUUUGUGGUCCCUGAGAAUAAAUGUCACAUAGAGGUAGCAGAGAGAUGUCUCAGCGACCGGAAGAGGAAGUUCAUGGACACAGAGCUGGCUCAGGACACAGAAGAGCUCUUUCAAGAUCUGAUCCAGCUCCAGGAAAUAUGGAUCGCGGAAGCUCAGGUUCCUGAUGACGAGCAGUUUGUCCCAGAUUUCCAGUCCAAUAACUUGAUGUUUCAUGGACCUGCGAGCAAAGUGAAGCGAGAGCCCAGUUCAUCUAAAGACUUGUCUCCCUGCAGAACACCUAACGCUGACAUGUGCCUUUAUAGUUACAGUGCCUGUGACAACAAGCCAACUGGGCUCAAAGCUCUGACUCCAGUCCCCACACCAGUAGAGUGUGGCUCCACCCAUCCUGCUGGACCUCCACCCUUACAGAGGCAGUUACAACCUCCUGCCCCCCAGCUGACCAAUAACUGCCCCCUGAGCCAUAUUCCUUCCCUGAGCCCCUCCCACCGCCACAACCUCCCACAGGCCAACCAAAGCCAGCAGUUUGCUCUGCCGUGUCCUCCCAUCAGCUGCCCCAGUGCAUCUUUCAACACAGAACAAAGGUUUCAGCGGCAGCUGUCAGAGCCGUGCUUGUCUUUCCUCCCUUCCGAGAAAAGCGUGAACACGCCGUACCAACCCUCGAGCCGUGAUGGGCGACCGCUGUACCAGCGUCACCUUUCAGAGCCCCUGGUUCCCCAUGUCCCACGAGGUUUCAAACAGGAGCUGGUGGAUCCCCGAUACGCAGAGCCAGUGCCAUCUGGUCCAGGUCUGGCCCGGCCCCAGACCACCUUCAACCAUGUCACGAUCAAACAAGAGCCAAGAGACUUUGGCUUUGACUCAGAGGUUCAAACCUGCCAGUCGUCAUCAUUUGGGAAGUCUUCAGUCUUGUACCAGAAUAACAAUGUCGGGUUUGGUCAUGACAGAGAGCCACAUUUGUACAAUGACGACACUUGUGUUGUGCCAGAAAGACUGGAAGCAGGUAAAGUGAAGCAGGAGGGUUUGCCGUACCAGCGCCGCGGCUCUCUGCAGCUCUGGCAGUUCCUGCUCACGCUACUGGACAACCCAGCCAACGGACACCUGAUUGUCUGGACGGGACGCAACAUGGAGUUUAAACUAAUCGAUCCUGAAGAGGUGGCUCGGCUCUGGGGGCUACAGAAGAAUCGACCGGCCAUGAACUACGACAAGCUGAGCCGCUCACUGAGAUACUACUACGAGAAGGGCAUCAUGCAGAAGGUAAAGGUGGCUGGGGAAAGGUAUGUCUACAAGUUUGUAUGCAACCCCGAUGCGCUUUUCUCCAUGGCUUUCCCAGACAACCAGAGGCCAAGUCUCAAGGCUGACCCAGAUGCUACCCAGCAUCCCAGCGAGGAGGACGGCCUUCCCCUACCCAGCUACGAGGAGGAGGGCCCGUACCUUGCUGAAGGAGGGGAGCAGUGCAUCCAGGGACUGGCUUUCCCCGACAGCUACCCAUACUAGACUCCACAGCCUGGCAGCUGGAGGAAACAGGAGAUAUUCUAAACAGGAGAAACCUGAAUUACUGAGCAGUGUUUACCCGUAUUAUGUAUGUCACAGAAAAGAUGAAUUUAUUGGAUAAUCAUUUUAUCGAAAGUAAAUGUGUCUUUUGCCAAAAAAAUUUUGUUUGCAAAAUUAAGAUUCAGCCUUAAGUUAAAAAUCAGAGAAUCUUAAUUAUGUUAAGACUGUUAAUUUGAACUCACUCCCUCAGCAAAAAUGCAAUUUUUUUGUCCAAAAAUAUUGUAGUUCUGAUUUGGUUUUAUUUGUUGCGGUGGGUUAGGGCCACUGUUGGCAAAAAGAUAAAUAAAAAAAUUGGAGGUUUCAAGAAUAAAGU